GAAAAAAUAUGUUGAUUAGCGAUUGUAUAUGUAAACAAACGGGUUUUGAAGUGCGGAAGAACACAAGGGGAAUUCCCCUGUCGUGUUUUCGUCCAAUCAAAAGCCGCGACUCAUCACUCCGUAUCGUAGCGUGAAGAAGUGAGGGGUAAAUCCGAAAAGUAGGAGGCACCCUGUCUCAAGUAUUGCCUCCUGUGAACCUUAAGAAAGAUGUGCUGAUUGUGGCCAAACUUCAUUGAAACAUUUGUGCCAUUUACCUGUCAAUGGAGUCACAGCCUGCAAUACUUGAGACAGCAACGGGUAGCAGCGGCCAAAGUUCCAGCGAAAGCAUUGUAAGCGCUACCCGGUCAGGUGCCUCCAGUAUCUCCACCACAUUUUCCAAACUUGACGAACCUGAGAACAACCUUAUCCUUCAAAUCAGGCAACUUCAGGAAGAGAAGAAAUUACUUGAGGGACGCAUACGUGGAUACUUGACUCUGAGUGAUCUUCUUGUUGAAGCUAGAAAGGAAAACCAGAAACUCCAAGCUGAAAUGAAAGAGCUUAAAGCUAACCAAGGAGAAAAAAACACAAAUCAUGGACAGAGUCUUCUUUCUUUUUCUUCCCUAACAGAUGCGUCUGGCAAGGAAUGUUCUCAACAAGACCGAAGUAAACCAACACUAGACAAGAAACUAGAAUCCCUCCUUACCACACCAUCUGUUAAUGGUCAUGGACCAGUGCUGACUAGUUCUUUGCCUACAGAUUUGACACAAGGCUCUUUAAUUACCUUUGGAAGUGAAGACCCAGAUGAAACCCAAGUAGUUCAGCUUCCAAAAAACAAAAUGUUAGAGAUGUCAGUUUCAGCAGAGAGCACCCCCACUCAAGAGUCACUUGAAGCAUGUAGUACUGAAGGUCAAGGUGGUAGUGGGUCAGAUGACAUGUCGCAUUCCUCCAGUGGCAAAGGUGAAGACGGGAAAAAGUCUGCCGUGAACAGAACGUGGAACGCCCAGGACAAUGGUCUGCAGCUCGACUCUGACAAAUAUAGUGAAGCAACUUACGAAAAGAUUGGAGCACAGCUUGGAUCUGCUAGCGGCAGAUACAUCAGCUCAGCCUUCACAACAAGUGGCACAGUCAGAUCUGGGGAUGCUAUGGCUACUGAGUCCCAUCCCAUAGACUUCCCCAGUCUAUGUUCUGUUAACAGCAAUGGAGGCACCAGACGGGAGGUGACACAUGCCAAAAGUUUUUCUGUCUCCAGCCCUCCAUCUUUUCAUAGAAGUCAGCAGAGCUUUAUUGGGCAGGCAUCUGAUGCUGGACCCCAAGGUCUCCUGACUCACCAGACUGAGAGCCUGGCAGAAAUGUUUAGCAACGAUCAGAGCGACGUGUCACCAUCUUUUGCUGCUCAGAUGCAUCAGCUUACUGAGUCAGUUGCCAAGAUCCACCAAAGAGAAGUUGAACAAAAGAAACUGAUGGCCAUGGUGAUGCAGGAAAAUCGUACUCUGAAGAAAAUGGUCAGAGACCGGGAGAGGGACCAUGCUGCAGAUCUGGCAAGACUGAGGGAGGAAAACAUCAGACUGCGACAAAACAAACCAGGCUUAGAUGAAAUGGCUGCCUUAAAAACUUCCUGUGCGGGAGAGUGGGUGCAAGUGGAGAGACCUGUCACUGGGGGUGAACCUACCACAGGUACAGAAGUGGAAAUGAAACUUGCUGACCGUGUCCGAAAACUAGAGCUUGCUAAUGCAGAGCUUCAGUUAGCCAAUGCUAACUGGAAUACCCAGUGGGAACAAAUGGAUCGUAACAACAAGAUGAAGAUUCAUGAACUUACUUCAGAGAUUACUGCCCUUCAGUCACGCUUGAAUGAGCAGACAGCUAGUUAUGAAAACCACAUGGUGGAGGCAAAACGCAUUUCCAUGAUGAAGAGACUGCCAAGGAAGAUGCACAACAUCAGCUGAGGCUGGCAGAACGAAAAAUCCAGGAACUGGAGGACCAUCAAGCUGCUGCUCGAAGCCAGCUGUCAGACAUGUCACGUGAGAAGCAAGCUAUUACUGCAGAACUGAAUGUUCUGAAGGCACAGAUGUCUGGGCAGGGUAUGCACGGGGUUGGAGCGACCAGCAUGUCCAGGUCGGCUCUAGAGACAGAAAUAGCAGCCCUCAAGCAGCAG